GAGCUCUGCCCUUCUUUUUUUCUUUUUUCCUUCUCCUCCCUCUUACUAACCAUGCAAUUACUGCAUGUCUAAUCACACUAUCACUGUCACUCAAUACUAUUAAUAUACAUCACGAUUCAAAUACUACAUCACGAAAACAGACAGAGACACACACGCACACUCCAAAAUACACACCUAAAUUAAUAUGGUUUGCUACGACAUGGUCGGCAAAAGCAGCGACAAGCCACUAUGGCGACCGUUGGCUCACAAGUUCUCAACCCUCAUCCUCAGAAGACGACCAAGUAAACGAAAUGCCCUAGUCGACGAUGAAAAGGCCCAAGAAACCCCAGCAAACUUCAAGCCGCUCGAAGUUCGAUCCAAUGUUCUCGAAGGUCUCCACGUCCCCAAUAGUUGGCUCGUCGAGUCACCCUCGGCCAACUCGCACGACAAGUUGACACUCCCCGCAAUUAAUCUUUCAGAGUCACAACGAUCCCCGCGAUCGCGUGGGUUCGGCCUCUCCAAGGAUUCAUCAUCACGACCGUUCUCCAUUGGUGACAUCUCUGGAUUGUUAAAGACAGAAUCAGACCGCGCGUCGGCGCUGGCGACCUUGACUGCCGCCGACUCAGAACCCAAGGAGGAACGCAGCGUCUUGGACCGCGGACGACCGGUCGAACCUAGACAUUUAAUACAUCAGCCUGUUCGAGGCGGAAAGCCCAAUCGCAAGUCGCUCCCAUUGGAGUUGAUGUUCACAGCUCCAGUAUACAACGAAGGCCAGACCUCCAACACCACAAACGAGGACUCUGCGACAAAGAUCGACGUCGCUUCUCCUUCGUCCUUCCACGAAUCGUCGCCUUGGACUGCCGAGCAUAGACGACGAUCCACCAUUCGAAUUGUCAGCCGAUCACCUACACGAGCCGAUGAGACAAAGAUUGAUACGACUUCUAUGACCACCACCACUACUACAGACGAACCUGAACCUCGACGUAGCCAAUCGAUCACAAGAAAACCCGUCGCUAAAGCCCCCAGCACAACAACGUCAACAACACCAGCUCCCGCGCCGGCGCCGGCGCCCGUACCAGCACCUAUACGCACACCCUCUGUCAACACCAACAAUGACGGCCCAUCAUAUUCCACAUCUGUCACGAGACUCAAAGCAAAACAACCAUCCAAGCUGAGCGACCGUCUCUCAUGGAUCAAGAACCUGGAGGAGAAGAACAACGACAGACCGAACAAGGAUCUGGCCCAGUUGCCCAAGCGUGCUGGCACCGUCUCGGACAAGCUGGCCAUGUUUGAGAGGAAGAACAUGUCCGGCACCGCAAACAAGCAGCACCUGCUUGCGCCAACGCGCACAUACUCUAGUAGCCACUCGAGCACACACUCAAGUAGCUACAACUCCGCCCGUGGCCGCGAGAGCAUCUUUUCCACAGACAGCAACGCGAACGUGUCGUCGACGCGCACCUCGAUCGACACAACGCAUCGUACCUCGUCAGUGAUGAGCUACUACGAUGAUACCUUCCGACAAAAGCUAGAGUCUCUUGUUGGACAGGAGGCUGCUGCUGCCGCCGAGGAGGAGGAGACAGAGGAGACCAAGGUUGAAGAGAAGGAAUAAGAAACAGACCCAGCAUAUACCAUACUACCAUGUCCGUCGCGUGAAAGAGCGAUAGACGUGAAUCCAGAUUAUCACCAGAACUCUGUUCUUCCCGUUGUUGAGGCAGGCUUUCCCUCCACUUUAAGAACAUGGAGCAUAUUACCGACACAGAACAUUACCACCCCCGACGGCGGUACAUACAUGUCUCACGACUACAACAUUACAUAGAUUACCCCCUUUAUGAUUUUAGAAUGAUGCAUGCGACUUUAUAUUU